GUUCGUACGCCUGGCAGCGCGACGCCACUUGCUCAAGGGAAAAAAAACAAAAACAAAAAAAAAAAACAUUAGCUGGCAGCGAGCACGUGAUGGCCUCUUCUGGCACUCAUCACUGCCUCUGUACAGAUUAAUUCCUGUGCUGAGUGGGUCCAGAAAAAUGGCACCUCAUCAUGACGUUUCCAACAGUCAGAAAUCCAAAGGACAUACUAGUCAGAAUAGUGCCUCAUUUGCUGGUUUUCUGCAUUACCCAACAAACCGUGACAACUCACUGAAGACUUCUCAUACAUGGAUUAGUGGGAAGAGGAUUGAUGAUGAUGUUGGCCCAUACUGGAGGAUACAUAACAAGUUGUACGACCUAACUGAUUUUAUUGAUAAACAUCCUGGAGGCAAGGACUGGCUUUUAGCAACUAAAGGUACAGACAUCACUGAAGCCUUUGAAAGUGCGCAUAUUAGUACAGCAGCUGAAAAUACCCUUCCAAAGUAUUAUGCCAAAGACAUAUCUACACCUCGGAAUUCCCCAUAUACUUUUCAUGAUGAUGGAUUCUACAAAAUGUUAAAAAGAAAAGUGCGACCAAUUCUCAAAAAGGUUGGGAGAGGUCCUACUUGGUCAAUGGUGGUGUUGCAGGACUCUCUGGCCCUCACCUUCAUGCUCCUCACUGUUGCUGCUUGUCUCACUGAGUCAUACACUCUUGUUAUAUUGGCUGGCAUUGUACUGGGGAUGACUGGGAAUUGCGCUCACAAUUUCUUUCAUCAGCGAGAUAACUGGCGAAUGUACUACUUUGAUCUGAUGCUCUUCUCUUCGUAUGACUGGCGCAUCAGUCAUGGACUCUCCCAUCAUCUGUACACCAAUACAAUAUAUGACAUUGAAAUAUCAGCACUUGAGCCUAUUUGGGAAUUCUUACCCAAAUCAGAUAAAAGCUUUAUGAAAAGAUAUGGCUCUUGGAUAUAUGAGCAAUUUAUUAUGCCUAUGGCUUUGUUCAUAGAAGCUGUAAAAAGAAUUUAUCAUCAGUAUUCUGGAGAUAUGAAACUUCGUCCAGAAAAUCUACUUCCUGUCGUUGAAUUCAUUCUUAUGGCAGUAGUUUCAUCAUCAGUUGGAAUGGCUUUCAGAUUGUGGGUGGUGUUGCAUAUGGCUUGCAGUUAUUGGUUUGCAGCCAUAGGUGUAGUAGUUGCACAUCACCACCCAGACAUAUAUCAUCAAGGUGAUGCUAUGAGAGAAGACAAAGAUUGGGGCCUGUGUCAGCUGGAUGCUGUGAGAGACCGGGUGGAAGUUACAGGAAACUUGUUUCUCGUAUCCAUCUCCUUCGGUGACCACAGUCUGCAUCAUCUCUUUCCCACGGUCGAUCAUUCCAAGCUUCCUUACAUCUACCCAGUUUUCAUGGAAACAUGCAAGGAAUUUGGUGUUCCUUUUAAAUUUAUGCGAACAUCAGAACUCAUAAUAGGCAAGUAUCUGCAAUUGGCAAAAAAUACCCCAAAUGUUAAUCCUCCUGGGUAUAAAAGUUCAUGAUCUAAACGCUGCUACCAAAGAGAAAGUAAUGCUUACAAAAAAAAGGUGAUUAAAAUAGGUCUUCUUAUGUUAUAAGCUAAGCAAUGUUAACCUCACAUUAUAGAAUGGAACAGGUGUACAAACCUUGCUGUAAGUUGCAAAAAUAUCCUGGAAGAAUAUUCAAUAGAUAACUGUAGGAGAAUAUACUUCCUCUACUUACUAAUUCGAAUUCAUGGCUUUUAUUUAAUUUUUAAAAGAAAAAUAUUAAAUGAAUUUUAAAGUACAGUAGAGCAUUAUUAGUUCUGAAAAUUUUAUAUCAAAAUUAACCCUUUCGGUAUUGGUCCUGUUGAACUACGGCUUUGACACCAGGGUUGGUCCCAGUGCACUACACCAUGAGCUCAUCUCACUUAGAUAAGCUGUGAGCAGUAAAUUUUGGCCUAGGUAUGUGAGAAUGGGUCUGUGCAUUAAGUGUGCACCAUAUAAAAAAAAUUCUUGAAGCAUGCAGUGCAUAAUGAGAAAAAACUGUGACAGUGUUUUAAGUUUAAAACAGCGACAUUGCAGUGUAUUUUUGUAUGGUUUUUUAUGGUUGUAUUCUCGGUUUCUUGGUUUCAUUGGAUAGAAUGGAUAUAUUACAGAAAUAGUGAUGAUUUGUAUUGGUUCCAGAACUGAAAGUACACCUACCAUCUAACUUCGACCUGCUCGACAUACGACCACUCGACUUAUGACCGUGUUUUGUAUGCCAAAUUUCUGGAAAAUAAACAACUGUUUGUGUUGUACACAGUGUUUGUCCUAAACCUUACAGUAUAAAAUACAGUAAUAACAGCAUAAAAAGUAAAGUAAAAAAUGAAAUACCAAAAUAAAACAAUUAAGUAAAGUCAUUACAAAAAUGUGAUGUUGAUAUUCAGUAGUAAGGUUUAACUUACGUCCAUUUCAACUUACGACCAGUUGGUCGGAACCAAGCUCAGCCGUAAGUCGGAUGGUACCUGUAGCUUGAAAUUGAGCUCAAAGUAACAGAAAUGUUCAACUUUUACUGAUAUUCUAGAGUACACAAAUGACAUUACUUGUCCAAUACUUGUCCAGUUGGCCAGUCUAAGACGCAUUUAGGAAUGUACCAAGAUUGUUUAUAUAAUUAUUACAAUAAUGCAGCAGUCUGAAUAACAGUAAAUUUUCUAUUUUUUGUGUGAUAAAAAUUCAAAAUGAAAAACAAGAGUAAUAUAAGAGGGGCCUGGAGACAUGACUAAGGAACAGAAGAAAUGGUUUUUUAGUGCCAAGAAUGUCUACAUUGUUUAUUCUGGACCCCAUUUUUAAAUUUAAUUUUUAAAUUUUGUGUGAAAGUGGCCAAAUUGCCAAUUUCUGAUCACUGCAUUGGGUAGUUGAACUAGGUAAAUGGGUGAUCUCUUGUAUUCAAUCAAUAAAAUAGAAGGAAUGCUGGCAAAAUAGCUAUGAGUUUGGUCAACUGGAGCAAUGAAAUUGGCCAAAAAGAGGGCACAAUGUGGGCGAAAUUGCCGAUGCAUAAAUGUCGCUGAUACCAUUAAUUUUGUGAGAGCAUAAUUCCCUAAGUUUUCCAUCAAAUUUUGUACUCUUGGUUUCAUUAUCUUUGGAAAGAGAUUUUCUAUCUUUUCAUAAGAUUUUUUUUGACCCUGAGAGCAAGGUUCAGAUCAGGGGUCUCGACCCUGAAAGGGUUAUACCAGUUUUCAAAAAGAUCCUCACUAGUUUUGACAAUUUGCCAUGAAGGUGCAGGCAUAAACGAAUUUAUAAAAGCAUUUAUAAUUAAAAAUUCUCUUAGGAAGAUUGUUCUUGCUUGGCUGCUACCCCAAUACUGAGACUUACACUAGUUAAUGGGAAAUACUCAGUGUUAAGAAAAUAUUCAGUAUACAAUUUUUAUGCUGUAUGUAUUUAAAUUGUACUGAUGUGUCCCUAUAUGGAGUAUAAAAAUGUCAAGAAUUCUGUCAGAGCUUACUCUCGAGCAUUAAGUGAUUAAUGAUGCUCCAUAUACUGUGUUUCUAGUUUAAGGAGAUUUAUGAUAUAUGCUUUUAAUUAUAUAUAACUACUAUUCCAAAAAUAUAUGAAGCUAGUACCAUAUUGUGUUCCUAAAAGCUAAUUGAAAUAUUUUAAUCAUAAUUAUUGUUAGUUUUUGUACAUAUUUUCAUAUGCAUGUACAAUACUAGUGCUUUAGAUUGACAGUGUAAUUGCCCCAUUCCCAUUGAGUAGUUGCAAGGUAAUGGCUCUGUUAGCAUGGCAUGGCUUAAACAACUUGGAAACAGUGCACACUUGUUUGUUGUGGUUAGGCUUCAGACCUUGGCCCUGCCUUUUAAUCUGCAGUUCCAGCUCUCUCAUUUUUCUAGAUCAUGUAUGUACUGUAAUCCCCUUCUGCUACCUUUCUUCUUUUAUGUUCCACACCUUCACUAAUCUCACACUGUAAAUGUUAAAUUCAUUCAUAAAUGUCCUAAUUCUUGUUCUUUUUAUAUUAGGCUGUCUACCUCAGCUACCUGUUUGUAUUUCUUUUUUCAACAAACCAGCUGUAUCCCACCAAGGCAGGAUGACCUAAAAAUAAAAAUGAAAGUUCCUCUUUUUAAAUUUAGUAAUGUAUACAGAAGGGGUUAAUCCUUGCUCCUGCAUGGCUUACAGAGGAAGAAUUUUUUUCCACUUCCCCAUGGAAAAAAGAGAGACUCAUUUUUUAUAUUGUGUUCGUAUGUUCUGUAACCACCCAGGGAGGUACUACCAUCCUGCCAAGAGAGUGUAAAACAAAAGCCUGUAAUUUUUUUACAUGAUGGUAUGAUUGCUGGUGUCUUUUUUCUGUCUCAUAUAAACAUGCAAGAUUUCAGGUAUGCCUUGUUACUUCUACUUACACUUAGGCCACACUACACAUGUAUCUACAAGCAUGUAUAUACACAUCCCUCUGGGUUUUCUUCUAUUUUCUUACUAGUUCUUGUUUUUAUUUCCUCUUAUCUCCAUGGGGAAGUGGAACAGAAUUCUUCCUCUGUAAGCCUUGCAUGUCAUAAGAGUCAACUAAAAUGCCGAGACCAAGGGGCUAGUAACUCCUUCUCGUAUAUACAAUACUAAAGUUAAAAAAAAAAAAAUUUUUGUUUUUCUUUUUGGGCAACCCUGCUUUGGUGGGAUAUGACUGGUGCGUUGAAAGAAGGAUUGUUGAUGUCUUUUUUAUGUCUUAUACACUUGCAAGAUUUUAGGUAUGUCAUGCUACUUCUGCUUUCGCUUAGGUCACACUACACAUGCAUGUACAAGCAUAUAUACACACACCCCUCUGGGUUUUCUUCUAUUUUCUUGCUAGUUCUUGUUCUUCUUUAUUUUCUCUUAUCUCCAUGAGGAAAUGAAACAGAAUUCUUCCUCCGUAAGCCAUGCGUGUAAUAAGAGUCCACUAAAAUCCGGGAGCAAGGGGCUAGUAACCUCUUCUAUUGUAUACAUUACUAAAGUUAAAAAGAGAAACUUUUGUUUUUCUUUUUGGGCUACCCUGCCUGAGUGGGAAACAGCCAUUGUGUUGAAAGAAAAGAAGUCUAUAUCUUCUGUUGCAGCUCUCCAGGAAGAGUCAGAGCCCUGGGUUGACAUUCAUUUUAAGUGUUCUGUAUAUAUAAAGUGCACAGUAGUAAGUGUGGAUGUGUUGUAUGUUCAGUGAUAAGCUCAGACCUGAAUACUGGAGUGUGAUAAGUUCAGACCUGAAUACUGGAGUGCGAUAAGUUCAGACCUGAAUAUUGAGGUGUGUUGUCUGGUACCUGAUUGGGUGAUUAUUCUAACACCUGAUUUCUGUUGGAUAAUAAUGAGUUAUAGGUGAUUUACUGUAGUAAAUCCCCAAACACAAAUAAUACAAGUGUGGUAAGGAUAAGUUAAAGAGUAGUAAAGAGUGAGUAAUUUUGGGGAACAAAGAUGCAAAUUUAUAAGACAGAAUGCCCACAGUUUUGGAAAUUUUCUUGAAUACGUGUUGGAUGUGAGGUCAGUCAAGGUCAUCCCUAAGAAUUUUCCCUUAUCUUGUUUAUGUAUGAAUUAUUUAUUUUUAUGUUGAAGUGGGUAUUUAUAACUUUAUUCCCAAACAGCAUAUAGUAGUUCUUGUCAGUAUUGAGAGUAAAUUUGUUAGUUACUAUCCAGGUAGAAAUCUUUAUGAGCUCCUUGUUGACUACAUAUGUUGUUGAGGACAACAUAUGUUGUUGAGGACAAUAUAUGUUGUUGAGGACAACAUAUGUUGUUGAGGACAAUAUAUGUUGUUGAGGACAACAUAUGUUGUUGAGGACAAUAUAUGUUGUUGAGGACAACAGGGUCUGCAGUAAAUAUGACAUGUUGUGUCAUCUGCAGACGGAACUGGUUAAGUUCCAUAGAGACAUUUGGGAGGUCAUUGAUGUUGAUUAGGAAUAAUAGUGGAACAAGGACACCACAUGAGGAACCCAUAUGUUAAUAGUUUAAGUUAAUGAAGCAGUGUCAUUGACUGUCACAUGCUGGUGUACAAAACUAAUGCUCUAGCUCCAGUAGCAAGAUGUUGUGGUUUACAGUGUCAACUGCUUGUCUUAAAUCCAGGCUCGACCUAAAUGUCAUCUAAUUUUCAUUUUGUGGAUCCCAUGAAUUGUGAAUGAUGUUAGUGACUUGUGAAAUAUAUAAACCAAUCAUAUCCUAAUAUCCAGGAAUGUGAGGAUGUUUCAUAAUUCUCUCUCUUAAUAAAGCCCUACUAAAGCCUUAGUUAUGCUCAGUUCAUAGCUUCAGCUUUUGCACGAUUUGCAAACUUCUUUCUUGCUUUAAAUACACCGGCCAUAUCCCACCAAGGCAGGGUGGCCCAAAAGGAAAAACAAAAAUAUGAUUUGGAAACAUGGACAUAUAUUAUAUGUAUCUUCCCUGGCUGAUCAGUCAAGUAUGUCAGGAACAGUAUAGUGCAAAGAUUGACAUCUUGGUAAGAAGAGUUUGGGGUAGGAGAAUUCUCAGCCUGUCUGGAGCAUGGCAUGUGUGAAAGUAUACAAUACACUGUAUUUUAUAUUGGUUUCCUAAUUUAACCUGUAAACGGUCCAAAUGUAUAUAUACGUUUUUUCAACAUUUGAAAGUAUGUAAAAAAAGUAGAUCUUCUUUUUGUUUUUCUACAUUUGACAAUGUGUAAAAAAAACUUAGAUCUACUUUUGUAGCACUACACAUGUGAAUGUAGAUCUGCUUGGACUGUUUAUGGGUUAAUGUGCAAUACACUGCUUGGUAGUCAUGUAUGUUUUUAUUGUAGGAUGGUAUUAUUUUAUAUUAUUGUACUGUAAUUAUUUAAGAUAUGUAUUAGCAAUAUUCAUUUUAUGAUACUUGUGAACCCUUGCUAUACUAGACAGCAGAUUGUGGGAACUAAAAAGCAAAAGCUGCAGAGUCAGACUGCAUGAACUAGACUUUGCAGCACUAGAAUAGGAUGGGGGGGAAAAUAAUCAUAACAUGCAAGAUACUCCAAAUAAUAGACAAGGUAAACAACAGCAUGUUAAUCGAAGGCACAACCAGGAUGGUCACAACCAGUAGCUGAACACAUAGAUGACUCUUAAUGAUGUUAGGAAGUAUUUUGUUAAGUCUCAGCGCAGUGGAGAACUGGAAUAGGCUUAAGAGAGCGUUACAAAAUAUGCAGACACAAUUCAUGGCUUCUAAACAAAAUAUGGUAAAUCCACAUGAAGGUAGCCAACACAAAAAAUCAAAUGCAGGACCAAGAACUUGAACCUCAGAAGAACUCUGCAAGCUAUACUGAGUGACUAGUUCAUUAUAUACUGUAGUACUUCAUUCUCAAAGGCAAUGAGAUAAAUAAUGGUUUAAUAGGUGUUGGAGACGCAUAAAGAAAAAAAAGAGAAAUGUCUUGUGAACCAAUAAAGAUAUAAAUAAAUAGGUUUAGUGCUCUUUUUAUUGUAAUAAUAAUAUAAAUAAAUAUAUAAAUGGAAGGAGGGAGAAAGAAAAAACUUUAAAAAACAAACAGUAGAUAGGAUCAAAAUGAAGCAAAACGAAUAAAAGUAUUCAAAAAGCAAAGUACAGAGAAUCAAGGACAAUGACAAAAUUACUGAAAUACAAAAUGUGAUCUUGUGUUUAUAAAAAAAAAGGACAAAUUAGAUGAAGCAGACAUAAGCCACAACAGCCAUUUGAAUUGGGACCUAAUGAAAUAUUCACAGAAAAAAAUGAUCAUUGUAUUUGAUAUUGCAGAAAAAAAACAUAAAUUAUCCACUAUAAAAAAUGGAUUUUAUUAAAAGUUAAAUUAGCAUUCAAUUGGGAAUGAGAUUGUAUAAAACCAACACACUGAUCAAAAGACACCACGGCAGGUUGGUACCUUUGAAGCGUUUUGCUUGUAGAAUGAGCUUUUUCAAGUCUAAAGAGAGUACUUGUGUGAGACAGCUAGGGAUUUGUCCAUGUUUGCAUGCCACACCAACAUUGCCUGUGUUUUGCAUCAUAACAUAGGCUUAUCACAUGGAUUGGCCUAGGGCGAGCAUUGUUGUCUGAGAAAAACAAAGGAACAGAAGAAAGCACCUUGAAUUGACUCAAUUCAUUCCACAGACACCAUCACCCCAGAACCAACGAGGUUUCCAGUUGGUAGGCCUCCCUGGUUCACAUGCCCCUGAACAUGCACCAUCCUCCUGACCUGACAAGACAGGUUUGCUUCUCAUGCCUUCUUGUCAUGUGCAUUCAUGACUAUAUAUGCCUAUGCUUACCAUGCUCUCAGUACUUUCACUAGAUGAUUUUUCCAUUGGUGAUGCCAUCUGCCAUUGCUUCACUUCACUUGUCUGCAGCAUAUAAACUCCUUCUCUGCACAUAUGCUGAACACAUCGACUCCAGGCUGAAGUACUGAUUACAGUACUUCAGACUCCUCAUCUUCCACCAUUCUUCUCUGUAUUGGACUGAAGAAGCCACUGGCUGGCAGAAUGUUUCCAGAAUAAAGAUACUUGUCAAUUUUUUAAACCAUUUAUACAAAUUAUUUCUACUAUAUACCUGGAUAUUAAAUAUGGCUCCCAAGAGCAAUGCUAUUAAUGCUGGAAGUCUAAGAAGAAUAAACAAUGAUUCUUCAAAAAGUGGAUGUGUUAGAUAUGCAUAGAGGUGGUGCAUAUAUGGUGGAACCUGCCUGAAAGUUUUGUAUGAAUAAAUCAACUAGAUUCACCUUGCCAAAAAAAAAAGGACUGGGUAUAUAAUAUCAGGUGAAUGGUAAGUAUUGCUUAUUUUAGGAUUAGAAUGUAAAUAUCUAGGUAAACUGAAAUUUCAUUCCUUCAUUCAGAUACUAUUUACAAAUUAGUAACGUGGAGGCUGUAAGGAAGACUAGGAUUUUAGGUGAUGUGUGUUGAAUUAGUUGUAAAAUUUGUUAUUUGUUGGCCAUUUAAACAUAUUUACAGGGUAAAUCCAGGUGAUAUUGAGUACAGCUGCUAUGAUAUCAUGAGUUUAGAUUUUUUAACCUGCAUUAUUUACAUAUGCAGGCAUUGUAAAUGUUUAUUUCUCAUAUGCUAUUUUACAAACACCAGAGAAGGUCGCAAGGUGGGUUUGUAUAGGGCUUCUUAGGGAGAAAAAUAGUUCUUUAUAUUGAUUUUCAUGAUUAGUAUUUUUCUAUAAAUAAAUACAAACCCACAAGCUUCUCUAAUUAUUGUAAAACUGAUUAAGGUAAAAUUAAUGUAGUCAAAAUGUAAUGUUAGAGUAAUAUUCAGAAUUUGAAAUAUGAAAUUGAGUUUCAGCAUAGUAACAUAAAUUAGGACUAUCAAAGAUGUUAUUUUCAUAUACAGUGGUACCUUGACUUACGAGUUUAAUUUGUUCCGUGAUUGAGCUCGUAACUCGAUGUGCUCAUGUAUCAAAUCAAUUUUCCUCACUGAAAUUCA